UCAAGCGUUUUUCAUUGUCAAUUUUUUAUUGUGUCAGCUCCUACUCCCUUCCCUAUUUCUUUUCUAUUUCGUGCAAUCAUAGAGUUGUUGAAGCUCCCACACUGUCUCAGAGCUCUCUCUUCUCUCUUUUCCAGCUCCCGCUUUUUCAUCAGGUUUUUAUGGGUUUAAGGUUUGAGUAAGAGUUAAAGUUUUGAGCUUUGAGGAGAUGGACAGACCGGUUGUGGGUUCGGAGAUUCAUGGAUUUCAUACAAUGCAAGAUUUGGAUGUCGACACUAUGAUGGAGGAAGCCAGAGGGAGAUGGCUCCGCCCAAAUGAAAUUCAUGCGAUACUCUAUAAUUACAAGUAUUUCACCAUCCAUGUCAAGCCAGUGAACUUGCCUCCAAAUGGCACCAUUGUAUUGUUUGAUCGUAAGAUGCUUAGAAACUUCAGGAAAGAUGGUCAUAACUGGAAAAAGAAAAAAGAUGGAAAGACAGUCAAAGAAGCUCAUGAACACUUGAAAGUUGGUAAUGAAGAAAGAAUUCAUGUAUACUAUGCCCAUGGUGAGGAUAGCCCAACCUUUGUCCGGAGGUGUUAUUGGUUACUUGACAAGAGUCUAGAACACAUAGUCCUUGUUCAUUACCGUGAAACACAGGAGGUGCAAGGUUCUCCAGCGACACCAAUGAAUUCCAAUUCAAAUUCUAGUUCUGUCUCUGAUCCAUCUGCACCUUGGCGACUAUCAGAAGAACUUGAUUCCGGUGCUAAAAGUUCAUAUUAUGGUGGUGAAAAUGAAAUUCUAGAGCCUGGUAGCGGUCUGACUGUUAAUAAUCAUGAACAAAGGCUCCAUGAUAUCAAUACACUUGAAUGGGAUGAGCUUUUGGUUACAUAUGACUCCAAAGGAGACAAAAUUUCAGGUUUUGACCAGCAGAACCAACUUGUAGGAAAUGGAGCCAUAAGCGGUCGAACCUGCGGUUUCGCAGCUGAAGAAACUUCUUUUGGCAAUUUACUGAAUCCAAAUGCGAGGACAGGCAACAUUCAUUGUGAUCUUCCUGACAGUAAUUAUGUUCGGACAUUGGAGGGUGUGGUGAAUUCAAAUGCCCUGAGAAGAGAUUCUGUUGUAAAGGGGCCCUGUGAUUCCCCGAACAUUUCAGGCAAUGGAUUGCGUAGUCAGGACAGUUUUGGGAGGUGGAUAAAUCAGAUUAUGACCGACUCUCCUGGUUCAGUGGAUGAUCCAGUGCUUGAUUCCUCAUAUUUAGCUGCUCAGAGUUCAUUUGAUUCUCCACCAAUGGAAUAUGUUCAAUCUUCUGUUCCUGUGCAAAUAUUUAUCAUAACCGAUGUUUCACCUGCGUGGGCUUUCUCAAAUGAGAAAACAAAGAUUUUGAUCACUGGGUUCUUUCAUCAAGAUUUUUUAGAUCUUGCAAAGUCCAAUCUACUUUGCAUAUGUGGCGAUGUAUGUAUUCCUGCCGAAUUUGUUCAGGUUGGUGUUUAUCGAUGUUUUCUACCACCACAUGCGCCCGGACUAGUGAACCUUUUUAUUAGUCUUGAUGGUCAUAAACCCAUCAGCCAAGUACUAAAUUUUGAAUAUCGGUCUCCUGUUAUGAGUAACUCAGUAGUUCCUUCAGAAGAGAACAAAUGGGAAGAGUUCCAAUUACAGAUGCGGCUUGCUAAUCUGCUUUUCGCAUCAUCUAAAAGCUUGAGCAUUGUAUCUAGUAAAGUAUCACCAUAUACCCUCAAAGAAGCCAAGAAGUUUUCCCAUAGAACUUCUCAUAUAUCAAAUAGCUGGCGGUAUUUGAUCAAGACGAUUGAAGACAACAAUACUCCUUUACCACUGGCAAGGGAUAGUUUGUUUGAACUCAUUUUGAAGAACAGACUAAAAGAUUGGCUGUUGGAGAAAGUUCUUGACAGCUCUAAAACCAAAGAAUAUGAUGGUCACGGUCAAGGAGUAAUCCACUUAUGUGCUAUUCUUGAUUAUACAUGGGCUGUUCGAUUGUUCUCAUGGUCUGGCUUGUCAUUAGACUUUCGUGAUAGACGUGGAUGGACUGCCCUUCAUUGGGCAGCAUAUCAUGGAAGGGAAAAAAUGGUUGCAGUUAUUUUAUCUGCAGGGGCAAAGCCAAACUUGGUCACGGACCCCACUUCAGCAAAUCCUGGUGGUUGCAAUGCUGCUGAUCUUGCAUCCAUGCAGGGUUAUGAUGGCUUAGCAGCGUAUCUUUCAGAAAAGGCUUUGGUACAACAAUUUAAGGAAAUGAGUGUUGCUGGAAAUAUUAGCGGCUCCCUUCAAACUGAGACAAAUUGUUAUGGGAACUCUGAGAGUCUCAGUGAGGAAGACCUGUAUCUGAAAGAUACUUUAACAGCCUAUCGGACAGCUGCUGAUGCAGCAGCACGAAUACAAGCUGCCUUCAGGGAGAACUCACUAAAAUUAAAGACUAAAGCAGUUCAAUCUUCCACACCUGAGGAUGAAGCACGAAGUAUAAUUGCAGCAUUGAAGAUUCAACAUGCAUUUCGCCACUAUGAUACACGGAAAAAGUUGGCAGCUGCUGCCCGCAUUCAAUAUAGGUUUCGUACAUGGAAGAUGCGUCAAGAGUUCCUUAAUAUGCGCCGUCAAGCUGUCAAAAUUCAAGCUGCUUUUCGAGCCUUCCAAACGCGGAAGCAGUACCACAAAAUUCUUUGGGGAGUCGGAGUGCUUGAGAAAGCUGUUUUGCGGUGGCGCUUAAAACGGAAAGGGCUUCGGGGCCUUCAGGUUGAUCCCAUGCAAGCUAUUGUGGAUGACAACCAGCAAAGUGAUACGGAAGAGGACUUCUACCGAAACAGCCGAAAACAAGCUGAAGAACGCGUUGAGAGAUCAGUGGUGCGAGUUCAGGCAAUGUUCCGCUCCAAACAAGCACAGCAAGAAUAUAGUAGGAUGAAGUUGGCCCAUAAUGAAGCAAAGAAUGAAUUUGAUGAUUUUCUCGACCCUGAAAAUAGCAUGCAUGGAUAAACUCUGUAACUUUGAAGGCAAACGAUAACAGCCGUGGUGGAGUUCUGUACUGUGUCUAGCAUGUACAUUUUGUAGAUGUCUAGGAUGGGAUUAGCUUGGAGUAUUUUGAUCCCUUCAGAUCGUUUAAAAGUAUUUGGCGGAUCAUAGUUCAUUACGCCAUUACGGGGUCAGUACUUUAACACUGGAUCAUGGUUUUUGAUGUUCAUGUUAACGUUAGUACUA